AUGCAGGAGUCCAGUGUGCAUGGAGGGGCUGCAAGUGCCUCACUGAGUUCAGGCACCAAAAAAUUGGCAAGGAUUGGACAAGGAAACCAUGCCUCAAGAGAUUUUUGGCGCUUUGCUCAGCUCCCUGUGGCGAUUCACAAUGUGAAGACCUUGGUGGACCUCACCGAAGAGGGGCUAGGGCAAUGUGAACAGCCUGUUGCGGUGCUCAACAUUUGUUCACUGCUGACAUUUCUUUUUUCAGACAAGUUUGGUGUCAAGAUUUCGGAAAGAGCUUUGGCCGAGUUUUGGGACCAUGCUUGUUUUGCUGGACCCACAACUGGCAUUUGGGCCUGUAUCAUCGGUCGAAUGCUGGACCUCUAUGAUCAUGGAUACUUUGGGGACCCUUCGCAAAUCUCUUUCGAGGAUGCUGUGAAGCUGGGGUGGCGUGAGUUCAAGCAGUUCUUGCAAGACAGCAAAAUCUCAUGCUCUCAACCAUCCUUCAAAGCCCACAAGGUUUUUGACAAAAACGAUGCCUUAUGGAAACUCAAGGCGUACAAUGGGCGUGUGGUCUGCGCAUGGUUGGCACAUGCUACCUUGAAAUUGGCAAGGGCAGCCCCGUGCGCUGCAAGCCAGGUGCAAUUGAAGGUCGAAAAUGCUGGCCGGUAUUUGUCAAGGGCUGAAGCUGUCGAUAUUCGCGAUACCGGCUUCAAGUACUUGCGCUGCAAGAAAAUGCUGGCAGGGCUGGCAAUGAGGAAGAACCAAUUGCGGUGGUGUCAAAUCCCCAAAGCACAUGCAGUGGCACAUCAAUUGACUGAGCUCCCAAUCCGCAGAUACAACCCAAGAUUUGAGCAUACCAUGGCCGAUGAAGAUAUGAUGAAGUAUGCCAAGCAAAUUGCCAAUGACAUGGGCAAAACAUUGGAAGUGACCCAAAAAGUCCUGCCCCAACAUUUCCAUGCUGACUGCGGAUUCCAAUCAUUUGCCUGGGUCGUAGCCAUUGCGAUGCAACAGCCACCGGUAGCCAUCAGCCCAAGUCAAGCAGAAGGUUGGCGACAUCUCUUUGCUCAACAUUUGCUACAAAUUGACCAGCAUUUGCAGACCAUCGAAGGACUAGCUGUGGGCGGGAUGAAGCAUGACACUGAUGUGCACAAGCGCCUCACUCAGUUGCUUAAGGAACAUGGGGUUUGGGCAGAACGUGCCGAUGAAAGAGCAGCCAGCAUCAUGGAACGUGUUCCCCAGGACAACAUCCGCAGUGUCCUCGCAGCCAAGAAACCAUGGGCAGAUCUCAAGCAAGCAGCCAACCAAGCACGACCACCUGUCAAAUUGAUUAUGCAAGAUGAGCUUGAAGCACAGAUCGCAGCCAGAGCACAACAUCGAAAUCAAUUUGGCCGGAAACCAGCCAAAGCACCCCAGAGACCACCUGACCAAGGUAAAUCGCCUCCAAUUGUCAGUGCGGUUGAACUUUCAGUUCCAGUCGGUGUCUUCAAGCAGCAAGAUGGAAAAGUACUCGGACCAUUGCAAGCAGCACAAGUGCAGCCAAAUGCAGAAGGGGUUGUCCUAGUAGAUCAGGCUGAUGCGGCAGCAGUUCUCAAAUUGCCUACGCCAGUGACGCAAAAAGGGCUUGCAGUACUAGUUUUGGCCACGAAGGACAACGCAAGCAUGCAUGAAGGUGAAUCGCCAGUGAUUGAUGUUUGGGACCGGCAGUGGGUGACCAAACGAUAUGAGAAAGUCAAACCAAUCAACGCUGACAUGUUUGUCUUCCUCUUUCGCAUGAUUGCUGACAAUGCCAAUGAGCUCAUUUCCAAAAGCGGCAAUGGAGGGGUAUACUUCGAGCCAAGAUCAUCCUGCGGAAGAUACCCUAGCAGCACCCACCAUGUGACCUGGUUGCCAAACCUUUCCUAUCAGGAAGCAAAAUAUGCCCAACAGACAUCGCCGCAGGUCACCACGUUGGUCCGGAAUUCCAACCGAUAUGGACUGCGCAGUGAUGCCAUGAAUGCCCAGGAGAUUCACAUGAAACACAGACCAGAGACCCCGCUGCUCCUUGGACAGAACAAGAUGCUUUACUCCCUGGGACCCUUGCCGUAUAGCACAACCAAGUCAGCGGUCAGCAAGUUGCUCCAAGCCUGGCAGUGGGAAGCCCGCCCUCUGCAACCAAGGGGACGCAGUCUUGACGGCAAUGGAGUUCAAUGGACAAUCCAAGCGACCAGCGAUCCGAGCCAUUGGAUCUACGUCCUUCAACAUGGAGAUGUCUUGAUCAGCAAGCUGCAUGAAGACAAGCAAGCCGAGCCAGCAGUCCCGUACUCCAUUGUUGCCUCCAAGCGUACUCUGCAGCAUCUCCAAAGCACAGGAGAACAAAUUGACCCAUGGAUUGCCAAUGACCCCUGGAACCCAUCAAACAAAUCCAAGCAACAUGUGCAGCCCAGUUCCCAGCCGGCAGGCCUGUCGGCCAAUGUGCUAGCGGCCAUGGAAACCAAUGUUGAACGGAAAAUCAUGUCUGCACUUGCACCCAAGUUAGCAGCCACAGACUCCGACGUGCCAAUGGAGGUCGAUGCCAUCGAUGCCAGGGUCACAAGACUUGAGCAACAGCUCAGCCAAGUACAUGCCAAUCAAACCGGAAUGGAAGCCAAGAUGUGCCAAUUGGAUCAGUCAGUCCAGCAAGUCCAGACCUCACAGAUUGGAGUUGAAGCCAGCAUGAGUCAAAUGCAACUGCAGCUUGACCAGCAGAGCCAACACAUCACCCAUGCGCUGGACAGGCUUGGGGAAGCCGCAGUGCCAGGUCCACAUGUUUUUGCAAAUGCCAACACCACCGGGCUGAUGGGAAAAGGAGCCACUCUUGCUGCACUGACUCAGCACAGUGCCACCUAUGCGGUGCAAGAAACGUGGAAAAAGCAUGACGAAGUGCCCAGCGAAGAAUGGCGUGCGGUUCGAGAUCUCCUCAAAUCAGCAUUGCCCAAAAACAGUGUCCAGAUUUGGUCUUUUGUUGAUGACAUUCAAGCGCUUGCAAACUCUGCCCAAGAAGCUUUAGAAGCCACCCAAUGCAUGGUUGAAUUUUGCCAGAUGCUUGACCCCGAGCACCCUUCGACUAUGAAAAGCAUGAUCGUCUCUCUGGCGCCACCCACGACGUAA